AUGGCGGAAGAACAGGAAUUAAUACAGCUAGAGAAUCUGUGCAAACAGAUGUAUGAAACUGCCGACAGUAAUUUGCGCAGUGAAGCUGAAAAGGCUCUAGUUGCUUUUGCCUCAUCUCCUGAUUGUCUCAGCAAAUGUCAACUAUUAUUGGAAAGAGGAAAUUCACCAUAUGCACAACUUUUGGCAGCUUCUACUCUUACGAAAUUGGUGAGUCGACCAAAUAUGACUUUACCUCUGGAACAAAGAAUCGAUAUACGAAAUUAUGUUUUAAACUAUUUGGGCACAAGACCAAAGCUAGUGCACUACGUCCUUCAAUCUCUGGUUCAGCUUUUUGCACGAAUAACAAAAUUGGAUGUUGCAAAAUUCAUUCAGAGUAUGUCCACACAGCAUGUGAUGAUUGGGGUCCAGUUGUUGUCUCAGUUAGUAUGUGAAAUGAAUCAAUUGAGUGAGGCAGAAGCAAGCAGGUCCAUUACAAAACACCGUAAAACUGCAUCAUCAUUUCGUGACACCCAACUCUAUGAAAUAUUUCAACUAGCAUGUUCAUUACUUAGAACAGCUGAAGGUAAUCUGAAAACACUGGAUUUUUCAGAUGAUAGUCAGCAUGGCUUGUUAUCCCACUCCCUCCGAUUAGCACUGAACUGCUUGACUUUUGACUUCAUAGGCGCUUCAACAGAUGAAUCAUCAGAUGAUUUAUGCACUGUACAAAUUCCAACCAGUUGGCGUUCCGUCUUCCUUGAUUUUAGUACGCUGCAAUUGUUUUUUGAUUUGUAUGCUGGCCUACCAUCUUCAUUAUCAUCAAUGGCUCUUUCUUGUCUUGUUCAAGUUGCUUCUGUACGACGCUCUUUAUUUAACAAUGACGAACGAGCACAAUUUCUGAAUCAUCUUGUUGCAGGUGUGAGGCGGAUAUUAGAACAUCCUCAGAGUUUGUCACAUCCAAACAACUACCAUGAAUUUUGUCGGUUACUUGCACGAUUAAAGUCCAAUUAUCAGUUGGGAGAACUUGUUAAAGUUGACAAUUAUCCUGAAAUCAUUAAACUGAUUGCUGAAUUUACAGUGACCAGUUUGCGUAUGUGGCAGUGUGCACCUAAUAGUAUUCAUUAUUUGUUGAGUCUGUGGCAGCGAAUGGUUGCUUCUGUUCCAUAUGUGAAAGCAUCUGAACCACAUUUGUUGGAAACCUACACUCCUGAAGUAACCAAGGCAUACAUUACGUCCAGAAUGGAAUCAGUUCAUGUGGCCUUAAGUGAAGGGAUGGAAGACCCAUUAGAAGAUAGUGGCAUGGUGACUCAACAGCUGGAUCAGCUUUCAACUAUUGGGCGAUGUGAAUAUGAGAAAACUUGUGCUCUGUUAGUACAGUUGUUUGAUGAAGCUGCACAGAGAUAUCAGGAGUUGAUUUCAUCAGGAGGGCAAAAUGUAGAAAUCACAGUGCAACAAGGGCGUCUUACCUGGUUAGUGUAUAUAAUUGGUGCUGUUGUUGGUGGAAGGGUAUCUUUUGCAAGCACAGACGAACAUGAUGCAAUGGAUGGUGAAUUAGUCUGUAGAGUUUUACAGUUGAUGAAUCUUACUGACUCUCGAUUGCAACAGAGUGGUUGUGAAAAGUUGGAGUUGGCUAUUUUAAGUUUCUUUGAACAAUUCAGAAAAAUUUAUGUUGGUGAUCAAGUUCAAAAAACUUCUAAGGUGUAUCGAAGGUUAUCUGAAGUAUUAGGAUUGAGUGACGAGUCCAUGGUUUUGAGUGUUUUCAUUGGAAAAAUCAUCACGAAUCUUAAAUAUUGGGGUCGAAGUGAACAAAUAAUUACCAAGACACUUCUGUUGCUAAGUGACUUAUCAGUCGGCUAUAGCAGUGGUCGCAAAUUGGUGAAACUAGAAGCGGUACAGCUAAUGCUCAACAAUCACACAAGUGAUCACUUUCCAUUUUUGGGUGUUAACACAAACAGUAAUAUUAUGGCAGAUAUGCGAUGUCGGACCACUUUUUAUACAGCCCUUGGUCGACUGUUACUUGUUGAUCUCGGUGAAGAUGAGGAAAAAUUUGAUCAAUUUAUGUUACCACUUACAGCUGCUUUUGAUGCGGUGGGCAAUAUGCUUGCAAAUGCUGACACACCAAAUAAAAUGGAAGAAGCGAAGAGAUCCUUAAUUGGCUUGGCUCGUGACCUUAGAGGAGUAGCUUUUGCCUUUAACACAAAAACAAGCUACAUGAUGCACUUUGACUGGAUCUAUCCUACUUACACACCUGUGUUACAUCGGGCAAUUGAGCUGUGGUACCAUGAUCCAUCAGUAACAACACCUGUGCUUAAAUUAAUGGCUGAGUUGGCUCAGAAUCGGUCUCAACGAUUACAGUUUGAUGUUUCUUCUCCUAAUGGUGUUUUGUUAUUUAGAGAAAUUAGCAAGAUUGUUGUGAGUUAUGGUCAGCGAAUUCUCUCUAUAGGUGAUAUUCCUAAAGACCAGCUCUAUCCUAUGAAAUUGAAAGGUAUCUCAAUAUGUUUUUCUAUGUUGAAAGCUGCAUUGUGUGGAAACUAUGUCAAUUUUGGUGUGUUUAGAUUGUAUGGAGAUGAUGCUCUUGAUAAUGCACUGGGGAUGUUUGUCAAACUUUUGCUGUCCAUAUCACAAAAUGACCUGCUGGAUUAUCCAAAGCUCAGCCAAAACUAUUAUGCUUUAUUGGAAUGUCUUGCCCAGGACCACAUGAUGUUCAUCAGCAAUUUAGAACCACAAGUCUUUCUUUAUAUUCUGUCUACUAUAUCGGAAGGACUUACAGCUUUAGAUACUAUGGUCUGUACUGGCUGCUGUGCAAUAUUGGACAAUAUAGUCACAUAUCUAUUCCGGCAGUUGACACGGAAAAAGAAAAAAAGCCAUCCAACUAGCAUACCAGACAGUGAAGCAUUCCUUAGAAUACUUGAAGUCCAUCCAGAAAUUUUGCAACAGAUGUUAUCAACAGUUUUAAAUAUCAUCAUGUUUGAAGACUGCCGUAAUCAGUGGUCAAUGUCCCGCCCUCUCCUGGGCCUCAUUUUGUUGAAUGAGGAUUAUUUCCACAAAUUGAGGGACAACAUCAUUUCCAGUCAACCUGCAGACAAACAACCUGCCAUGGCACAGUGUUUUGAGAAUUUGAUGGACGGAAUCGAGCGAUCUCUACUAACCAAAAACAGGGACAGAUUUACUCAGAAUCUGUCUGUAUUCAGGAGAGAUGUUAACGACAGUCUGAAGACCCCCAGCAACAAUUUAUCCCAGCUUCUUCAGGUUCCCUGGAUAUGA